GCUGGUCUCGACAGUAUUGAUUGUGUUGUCAGUGUGAUAAAACAAAACGUUGAACUCCGAUUUUCUUGUUGUCCAAAUUUUCUACAUUUUAUCCUAAGUGCAAAAAAAAACAAACUUUCGUGUUGUAAAAGAAAACAGAGAAAAGAAGAAAACCUCCACUCAACUGGCCACCUACCUCGUAUAGGAUAAAUAGAUUGUUUUCCACUACGUAUGCAACUGGUCUAGACACCGACGAUAAGGAAACGAUGGAAGUUAAGACCGACAGUGAAGACAUGAUCGCAAUAGUAUUGCGAACACUACGACUGAAAAAAUCCACCCCGACUUCGCAGAACGUAAACGAGACUGUGCUAGACGAAGAAAAAUGUCGCCGAAUCUAUUCACUCAGCGAAGUGGCCGAACAUGAUAACUACAAUGAUUGCUGGAUCGUUCUAUACGACAGAGUCUACAAUGUGACCGAGUUUCUGACACAACACCCUGGCGGAGUCGAAAUGAUUCUCGAGUAUGCUGGCCGAGACGGAAGCAUAGCAUUCCGUGGUCAUUCGCGAUUAGCCAUUGAUUCGCUGAAACUAUACGAAAUCGGUGAAUUACCGGAAAAGGAACGAAUCUACCGACGGCCGGGGAUAAUAAAGUCGACUGAAAUGCCAGAAUAAGACAGCCCAUCAGUGGUGUUAGUAGUUUGUAAGUUUAGUUUUAAAAAAAAUGUUUUUUUUUUUACUGAACAGAGGUGGAGUUGGCUUCGUGUAACAACGUGAACCAUCGUCGUCUCACGUUUCAGAGUCUAAUCUCUAAUCAUUCAACAAAGGAAUGUUUGUCGUAUCUAAUAUGUGGUGAAAAUUGUAUCUCGUAUGUGUUUAAUGGCGCCGCCUCGGAUGAAAAUAUUUUACACUCGAAAUAUUAUAUUUCCCAUCAUCGUACGUUUUACCACAGAUAUGUAAUCUGCCUAUUUCUGAUUGUAUGUUAUCUUUAAGAGUAUAUGAAUACGAAGC